CGUAGGACAAUGCCUGCCACGUGUCGUAACUAGGCCGCGGGGGCAACCCGGGGGAACGAGUGAUUGGAGCUAGGGGACGCGGGGGUCUUCUGGCCACGGUUCAGAACCAUGCGUUACUUACUCAGAUUAACCGUUUUCUUUUGUCUGUGGAGCUUUUACGCUGCUCAGGGACAAAAGGAGGAGGAGAACCCAGAGGAUGUGAAAAUCGAAGUUUUGCAUCGUCCAGAAAACUGUUCUAAGACAAGCAAGAAGGGAGACCUGCUAAAUGCCCAUUACGACGGCUACUUGGCUAAAGACGGCUCAAAAUUCUACUGCAGCCGGACACAAAAUGAAGGCCACCCAAAAUGGUUUGUCCUUGGUGUUGGGCAAGUCAUAAAGGGCCUAGACAUUGCUAUGAUGGACAUGUGCCCAGGGGAGAGGCGGAAAGUGAUUAUACCUCCAUCUUUUGCAUAUGGAAAGGAAGGCUAUGCAGAAGGCAAGAUUCCACCUGAUGCAACAUUGAUUUUUGAGAUCGAGCUUUAUGCUGUGACCAAAGGGCCACGGAGCAUUGAAACAUUUAAACAGGUGGACACAGACAAUGACAGACAACUCUCCAAAACUGAGAUAAGUGAUUACUUGAAAAGAGAAUUUGAAAAAGAUGGGAAACCACAUGAUGAGUCAUAUCAGAAUGCAGUUUUAGAAGACAUUUUUAAGAAGAAUGACCACAAUGGUGAUGGCUUCAUUUCUCCCAAGGAAUACAACGUAUACCAACAUGAUGAACUAUAGCGGAGUUUUAUUGCUACAGUUAAAAAGUCUCUAUUUUAUAUAUAUAUAACACUUUUUUCAAAGUUGUCUUUUCUAUUUGUCCCCAUGAGAAGAUAUUUUGAUCUCCUUAAUACAUAUUAAUUUU